AGCUCCCAGUCAUGACUGUGUGAGCGGUGAGACGAGAGCGAAGCGUGGAGCGUGCCUGCAGCACCUCCUCUCCUCUGGCUGCAAACUUCAGACAACAACCUCUUUAUGAUGUGUGAAUGGAAAAGCGCGCUGGAGUUUGAUUUGAUGGCUUUUCGAUAUCACAAAGUGGAAUGGAUUUCGCUGAGAAGAACAGACAGUUUGACUGGAUCCUGUGCGGAUGAAAUUAAGUUUUUAAAGGAUUUAUAGAAAGGGGCUCUUGGUGGAUACAGUUCGUACUGUGGCCCUGCAGAGAUUUUUCACUGUGUAAUGCAUGUUUCUGAAAGCUCGGUGUAAUUUUCUUAAAACUCCAAAGAGCGACAGCUUCCUCUUGUCAUGAAAAAUCUCACCAUGGAUAACAUGACUGUGGAGAAUGACACGUCAGUGCACGACAACCAGACCCUUGGAGUGUGGACUGACUAUUCAUUUGAAUACAAGGUGGCCAGCGUGUUUUUGGUGACUCUAAUAUGUGGGGUUGGGAUCGUGGGGAAUGUGAUGGUCAUACUGGUAGUCCUGACCACCAAACACAUGCGGACUCCCACUAACUGUUACCUUGUGAGCCUGGCGGCGGCUGACCUGAUGGUCCUUACGGCCGCCGGGCUGCCCAACAUCACCGACGCCCUGCACGGGCAGUGGGUGUACGGCUACGCGGGCUGCUUGGGCAUCACUUAUUUCCAGUACCUGGGUAUAAACGCGUCCUCCUGCUCCAUAACCGCCUUCACAGUGGAGCGCUACAUCGCCAUCUGCCACCCUAUUAAAGCGCAAUUCUUGUGCACUCUAUCCAGGGCUAAGAAAAUCAUCAUGCUGGUGUGGGCGCUCACCUCUGUUUACUGCAUCAUGUGGCUCUUUCUGUCAGACACUAAAAAGUUGAUCUACGACAACGUGGUGCUGCUCACCUGCGCCUACAAGGUGUCCAGGAGUCACUACCUGCCCAUCUACUUCACGGAUUUCACGGUGUUCUACGUGCUCCCUCUCAUGCUGGCCACGGUUCUGUACGGACUGAUCGCCAGGAUACUUUUCAUCAAUCCACUGCCUUCGGAUCCGAAGGACAGCACCAAGAAGUGGAAGAAGGAGACGACUCAGGGAGGGAGGAUGAUUAGCACCAGCUCCUCCAGCAGCACCACGGCUGCCUCCCGCAGACAGGUGACAAAGAUGCUCGCUGUGGUGGUGAUCCUGUUUGCCUUACUUUGGAUGCCCUAUCGUACCUUGGUGGUGGUCAACUCUUUCCUGGACAAGCCCUACCUGGACACCUGGUUCCUGCUCUUCUGCCGUCUCUGCAUCUACCUAAACAGCGCCAUCAACCCCAUCAUCUACAACGCCAUGUCUCAGAAGUUUCGUGCCGCUUUUAAGAAAUUGUGUCACUGUGGCCCUCAGCGCAUGGAGAAACCCGCUUCCUACAGCGUGGCCCUCACCUACAGUGUCAUCAAGGAAACGUCCAACGGGGAAAGUCCUGACCACUUCACCACAGUUAUGGAUGAGCUCCACACACCGUCUGCUCAGUACCUACCUGACAGCAUCCUGCCAAAUGCCAAAAAGAUGGUGUAUGAAGAGCCUUCUCCGUCAAGCAGGGAUGUCAAGGCCUGACUAGAAACAACCUUUCCACCUGAAGGUGGUAUCAGAGAUUCUGACAGCUCCAGUAUUGAUUCUGACAUGUAUUGAGUAUACAGGUUCCAGCUUUAUUUCUCAAGAUUUUUUCCUCUUGUAAAUGUUUGUUUUAUUUGACAACAACAUUUGCCAGAAGACAAAUAGGAUGCAAUGGGAUGAGCUGCCCCGUGCUGUAGGCUUUCUUGCAUUUUUGUGUGAAAUGCAAGAAGAAAAGAGAGAAAAUAUCAACAAAUAGGAAGUCUUAAUUAUUAAUGCAGGAAGUGAUCCUCCUCAGCCCUAUGAUGUAAUACAAAAGCACCUUUUCUAUGACCUUUACCAUAAGCUUUACAGUAUAAACUUGCAUGGCACCGAUUUGUUAUAAGUUGCUGUAUAGCUGUAUGACAAAUUUGUUGGAAGUAGGGUGCCUUCUCAUCUCAUCUUUCUCUCACUAAACAAAACCAGACUGUUGAAUAAGACAUUAAAGUAGUAAUCACACUCAAAAGGAAAUUUCAUUAGUGGAUAUCAUAGGUCUUUGUGAUAAUAGCCUUGCCAUUAGGGACCUUUAUGGCAAGUUUAAAAUGAUUUAGCUGUCUAGCUUAACUCUUUGUUUGUUCCCAUUAGUCUGAUAGUGCCACUCUCAGCCACAGCAGGCAGCUGUUUUCAACAAACAGCUCACGCUCCAUACUACCCGCUCAGUACAAAACAGCAGACAGACAGAUUUAGCAAACACUGCUGUGGAUGUUGAGCAGAUCAGAUAUUCCCCUGGGAGUCCGCAUUUGGUCAAACAUUUCAUAUUUAAAUUCAAUUUGCCAGCUGAUCAGAAACAUUUUCACUGCAAGUGAACAAAAAAAGGAGAAACUCCAGAGUGUGCCUGAAACACAGCUUAAUCCCUAGUCCAUUCCCUCAUUAUCAAACAAUACUUAAAUAGUCAGCUUCAGACAGAAGUAUAUACCUAAAAUGGAUGUUCACUCAUUUUCAUUUCAUUUUCUUAACCGCUUGUUCAACUCGAGUUUGCAGGCAGCUGGCGCCUAUCCCAGCUAUCGUAGGGUGAAAGGCAGGGUGCACCCUGGGCAGUUCGCCAGUCUCUUGCAAAGCAAUCACAUGGAGACAGACCACCAUCCACGCUCACCUUUACAGCUAAGAGAAAUUUAGAAUCACCUGUUAGCACAACACACAUCCUUCAGGGAAGCAGGCGUACCCACAGUGACUCCACACAUCACAGUGAAAACAUACAGUGGAUUCAAACCUAGGAGCUGGCUGUGUGGUGAGACCUUGUUUAUGUACUAAUGUUCUUCAUAUUUAUGGCCGAUGUGACUGUUGAGCGAUCACUUUCUAUUCGCUUUACUCUCUCCCUGUUAUGGGAAUGGAGCUCUUAAUUUCCUUUGACCUAAAGUGGUUAGUAACAGUCAGACGAUUACUUUUAUCACCACAAGUAUACCAUAAGCAUAUCACAUUGCACACUGACAGCUAAUCAUAGCAGUAUUCUGUUACAUCAGCAGUUCGGUUGAUGACUUUCUGUCAGUCUAAUGACAUUUUGAUAUAAUUUCAUUCUCUGGCCAGGUGUGUGUUAGCAUGGAGCAGGUGCCCAUGUUGUAUUAUUCCUUUUGUUAAUCUUAGUCACAGGACAUGGCAACAUUCAUGAGUAGACCAAGAGGAUGUGAACCCUCCACCAUGACAUGCUGUCACACUGGACUAAAGUUGAAAUAGCAACACACUAAACACACUAACACACAAAUAAAGAUAAAUUAUUUCAAUGGGGUGGACAACUAGAUGCUAGCACAGGUGUUCAAGAGUUUACAGUGAACCUAUAAAUGUGGUUCAUUUAGACGCGUCCCAGCAGAUUCCUGGGUUCAAGUUUUCAUUUUAUUUAUCAUCACGCAUUUUACAUGUAAAGUUUAUCUGUAAUGUAACUAAGUGCUUUUGCUGUAAAGUAACAUUUUACUUUAUUUUAUGUUUACAUUUUUGAGUGUUCUGUACAAUAUUAGACUUUUGUUUUGUUUCUGUGCUUGGACUGCAUACACUGUAUCACCUGUACAUCAAAGCCUCUCAUUUCCCAGUCAAUGAAAUGUUCUGUCAUGAUAAAUAUUUAUAUUGUUUGCAUUACCCAGCCCCAUAGGAUAUCGUUUUACCAACCCUACCAUACACAAAAGCAAAUACAAAACUGUUUUUCCUUUGCUAAUGUACCACUAGAAGCCCUGUAUUUCACAUAAAUCCAAUGCACAUGACAUUUUAGUCUUGCUACAGCACUACAGGGAAAACACAGAUGUGGAAUUAUGUGACCUUUUAAAAAUAGGUCCAAAUAUGAGAACAACUUUAUCUUGCUUUCUCAAUUUAAAAUCCUCUGAUGUCUAACGAUUUCUCUGUGGAUUUCAAACUAAACAGUGACAAACACUAAAGUCUUCUGUUGGCAACUGUGACUAUGACUGCUGUGGAAUUAGAGCCCGUGGGGGGUGAGUGGCCGGUGUAUCAUAAUGAGAAGAGAAGAAUGUGUAGCUCUGAUGUGCAGAAAGAGAGGCUGUUUGUUAAAGGGUCCGGUAACAGUCGUGACAGUAAUUCACUGAAACUGCAGAUUGCAGCACUUUUGUGGGAUUUAUCUGCUCAGCAAAACCCAACAGAGCAAUGAUGGAAGGUGUAAAUAGAUCGCAAAUACAUGCCAUACUUGAGCUGGCGCAAUCCACACUGUGUAUAUAGCUCACACCCCGCUAUUAAAGGAUGAAUUUUCUAGUGUUUCUUUGAGCUACGUGUACAGUGUGUGUAAUCUGAAGACGGUUCAAGGGGAUAAAUAAGUAAGGAGCUCAGUGAGAAGGGCCUUUUUUGUGCUAAUCUAAAGGCUUUUUUCUGUCAAUAUUGUGAAGUUGCUUGAAAUUGAUUGUGCAGUGCAAUGUGAAAUUCAAUUGGUAUUGUGUUUUCAAACGUGUGCCAGCAAAAUGGAAUUUAUAUUUUUAUUUUUUAUGAAAUAAUAGCUCAUUUUGAUCUAUUGUUCCAUCAGUGUGUUUGCCAUCAUUUCACAACAGCGGGUGGGGGCUGAACUCCAAAGUGGAAGAAAAAGACCGUGGUUUGUAGUAGUUGUAGCGUAAAGUACCUCUUAUUCGUACAGGUUUCAAUUUCUUCCUUUGUUCUCGGUUGAAACAUAUUUCAUUUCUUUGACGAACAGCUGCGAUGGAGAUUUUGUGUUCUGCACGGUGCACUGUCUGCAGCAUGAACUCAGGCUUUUGUGAAGUGCUACCUGAUGAGUUUCCAUCUGAUGCAGUGUGGGGUUUUUUUGUGCACUUUUCUUUCUGCAGGUGACUUUUCUCUGCUUUAUCAGUUUGAUGGCUUGUUUUGUAUUUUGUAACCUUCUUUGUCAAUAAUAAACACAGAUGAUAAUUACAC